AAGGGCACUGAAACAUCGCACUCCUCUCUUUCUCCCUUCAUAUUCAGCCGUUCGGUUCUAUUUUUUUUUUAUCCGUUUUAUCCAACUUUACCAAACAAUGGCGGAUACAAAUCCAUUCCUUCCAAAGUCCAGCUCAGAUGGGUCCUAUCCGACAGGGUCUCAGGCAACUCGCCGGAGCCCCAUCAAAGAGCAGCUUACAAUCUUUUUUGGGUUGUUAGCGGUUGGAUUGUUUGCGGCAUUGUUGAUUGGAAAGAAUGGGUCAUAUAAUGCUCAUGUACACGAAAAUAAACAUGGUUCAUUGGCUACGUCGACCACCAAGAAACCUGAAACUUUGGGGCCGGUGUCACGUGGCCCGGCUGCCGGAGUAUCUGAGAAAUCGAACAGGCUUUCUGCCAAAGUUGACGGGAAUUUGCUGGUGUAUCCGUGGAACAACAGCAUGCUGUCAUGGCAGAGAACAGCUUUUCAUUUUCAACCGGAAAAGAAUUGGAUGAAUGAUCCUAAUGGUCCAUUGUUCUACAAGGGAUGGUAUCAUUUCUUCUACCAAUACAACCCGAAUGCUGCCGUGUGGGGUGACAUUGUUUGGGGUCAUGCUGUGUCCAGGGACAUGAUCCAUUGGCUUCACCUCCCAUUGGCAAUGGUUGCUGACCAGUGGUACGAUGUAAAUGGCGUCUGGACUGGUUCUGCCACAAUUCUCCCCGAUGGAAAAGUUGUUAUGCUGUACACAGGAUCCACCGCGGAGGCUGUUCAGGUUCAAAACCUUGCUUAUCCUGCUAACCCCAAUGACCCUCUCCUCAUCAAUUGGGUCAAGUACCCUGGGAACCCUGUUCUAGUUCCACCCCCAGGCAUCGAUAAAAUGGAUUUCCGUGAUCCAACUACCGCCUGGUUAACCUCUGAAGGGAAGUGGCGCAUUACCAUAGGGUCCAAGAUAAAUAAAACUGGCAUAGCUUUGAUAUAUGAUACUACGGAUUUCAUAAACUAUGAGCGGUUAGAUGGGGCACUUCAUGCUGUUUCCGGGACUGGCAUGUGGGAGUGUGUGGACUUCUUCCCCGUUUCAAAAACAGAAGAAAAUGGCUUGGAGACAUCCGUUAAUGGACCUGGAGUGAAGCAUGUGGUCAAGGCAAGCCUGGAUGAUGACAGGCAUGAUUACUAUGCUAUCGGGACAUAUCAUGAGAAGAAUGGUACAUGGAUUCCUGACCAACCUGAAAUUGAUGUUGGCAUUGGAAUAAGGUAUGAUUAUGGAAUAUUCUACGCUGCCAAGACUUUCUAUGAUCAGAACAAAAACAGAAGAGUGUUGUGGGGUUGGAUUGGAGAAUCUGAUAGUGAAGCCGCAGAUGUGCAGAAAGGAUGGGCAUCUCUUCAGAGCAUCCCAAGGACAAUUUUGUUUGACAAUAAGACUGGUACUCAUUUGCUUCAAUGGCCAGUGGAAGAAACAGAGAGUUUACGGUUGAAGAGCAAUGAAUUUAACCAGGUGACACUCCAGGCAGGAACAGUUGUUCCUCUAGAUGUUGGAUCAGCCACACAGUUGGAUAUCAUGGCCGAGUUUGUGAUAGAUAAAGAGGCUUUGGAGAAAGCAACUGGGUCCAAUGAAACAUUCAGCUGCGGAACCAGUGGUGGAGCUGCAGAACGUGGGGCAUUGGGACCAUUUGGUCUUUUGGCUCUUGCAGAUGAAAGCCUCAGUGAGCAGACUCCGGUAUACUUCUACAUUGCCAAAGGAUCUGAUGGCAAUCUCAAGACUUUCUUCUGCAAUGAUCAAUCUCGAUCAUCUGCGGCAUCUGAUGUUAAUAAACUAAUUUAUGGGAGCUUUGUUCCGGUACUUGAAGGCGAAAACUUAUCCCUCAGAAUGCUGGUGGAUCAUUCGAUAAUCGAAAGCUUUGCUCAAGGUGGGAGGACAGUCAUCACAUCUCGGGUUUAUCCGACAAAAGCAAUCUACGGAGCUGCUAAAGUGUUCUUGUUCAACAAUGCCACUGAGGCCAGUGUUACCGCCUCGCUUAAGAUAUGGCAAAUGAACUCUGCGUUCAUUCGGCCCUAUCCAAAUGAUGGGAAGUUCUGAAGGGCCAAAAAGAAAUCUGUUAAUCCGAACCUCACCAUUCAUUAAUUUUUGUACCCUCUUCAACCAAACCAUGCCAUCUCAUCAGUUUGAUGGGAAAUGGAAUGAGUUAGAUCUUUCUCUUUUUUUCUUUUUUGGCCAAGAAUUAGAUCUAGUUCAGGAAUACUUAAAAUGAAACGAAUGUGCGGACAUGCAUUUCUAAAUGCAGAGAGCCCGAGACUGAAAUAUCAUCGGCAUCUGCAGACGCCAUGUUAAUGAAGAUUAUAAAUUGCUUAUUGUUUUUUGUUC